AUGUGUAAAGAUUGUUUUUAAAAGUUACAUCAAAAUCACGAAUUUGAAACAUAUGCAAAAAAACUUGACUAAAUUCUAUUUGAAUAGUAAUAAAAGAUUUCCUUAAUAUUAGAAUAACAAGAAUCACUAUAAUUAAAGAUAUAGUAAGGAGUUGAUAAAAACUUUGAGUUGAUUUGGCAAUAGUAAAAUUAUAAAAUGAAGAACUAUGAAUAAACUAGAAGUAAUUUGUUAUUAAUUAAGGAAUAAUCACUUAAAAGUUUAGAAAAACCUUUAAAUCACUAAAUUAUUCAGUACAAUAUUAAUAAAACGCUGCUUAGUAAAACUACUGAAAGAAUUAAAUAGGAAUAUUCAAUCGAAUAUCAGAAUUUCUAUGAAAAGAUGACUUUUGAUUUAAAAAAAGAUGAAAAGGAAAUGAUAUUAUUCACAUUAGACUUAGAUAGAAAAUGUCAUAAUAACAAAGAUAAAUUAUUGCAUUAACUUGAUGAAUCUCAAAAUAAAAUAAAUUAACUUAAUAAUUAAUUGAAAUUUAUUGAUGAAAGAUAUGAAUCUUUUAAUUUAAAAAUUUUGAAUGAAUUAACAUAAUUAUUAUAAAUUCAUUUAAAUAUCAAAUAGUUAAUAGAUAAUCAAAGAGAGUAAUUUAAAGAUCAACUAUUAAAUUAUAGAUUAUUUUAUUAAAAGGAUCUUUAGAAUGGGCUUAAAAAAAUUUAUGAAGAAAUAAUCUAAGAAGAAUAACAAAUUAAAGUAUUAAUUUAAAAAUUUUAAUAAAUUCCUAANUCCAAUGUUGACAGGAUCAUAAGAUUUACUGUUUUGUAUUUAUCCUUUAACUAUACUAAAAUUCAUAAAAUAAUUAUAUAUAUAUAACAGUCUAUAUUCUUUUUCAAGUUAAUUCUUUUUUAAAAUUCUUCAUACUUCAAAAUUUAUUCUCUCUGA